AUGUCGUACGAUCUUCAUACCGCAGAGAAAGCCGCCUAUGCGCCCUUCUUCGGAUACAUGGGAGCUGCUUCAGCGCAGAUUUUCACUGUCUUGGGUGCUGCCUAUGGAACCGCCAAAUCUGCUGUCGGCAUCUGCUCGAUGGGAGUUAUGCGACCAGAACUUAUCAUGAAGUCCGUCAUUCCAGUUAUUAUGGCUGGUAUCAUCGGUAUCUACGGAUUGGUCGUGGCUAUGGUCCUUAAAGGAAAGGUUUCGGCUUCAUCUGCCGGAUACGAUUUGAACAAAGGAUUCGCUCACUUGGCCGCCGGUCUUACCUGCGGACUUUGCGGAUUGGGAGCUGGAUACGCUAUCGGAAUUGUUGGAGAUGCUGGAGUUCGCGGAACUGCUCAACAACCAAGACUUUUCGUCGGAAUGAUCCUCAUCCUCAUUUUCUCAGAGGUUUUGGGACUUUACGGUAUGAUUGUCGCUCUUAUUCUUGGAACUUCCUAA